AUGGCGGCCGCCCUGGCCCCCCGGCCACGCCCUCUGGCCACGCCCACUCGCGGGGUGGGGGAGGGAAGGCACGCCCCCUCGGAAAGCCACGCCCCCUAUGGGGAAAGCCACGCCCCCUCUGAAAAGUCACGCCCCCUCGGAAAGCCACGCCCAUACUAUGGAAAGCCACGCCCCCUUAGAAAAACCACGCCCCCUCUGGCCACGCCCCACGGAAGCCACGCCCCCUAUGGGGAAAGCCACGCCCCCUCUGAUACGACACGCCCCCCGCUAUGGAAAGCCACGCCCCCUCAUAAAAGCCGCGCCCCCUCGGAAGCCACGCCCACGCUAGGGAAAGCCACGCCCCCUCUGAUAAGCCACGCCCCUCCCAUCUGGCCGGUAAAGGACACGCCCAUCCGCCACCCACAGCCAAUGGCGGCCGCCCUGGCCCCCCGGCCACGCCCUCUGGCCACGCCCACUCGCGGGGUGGGGGAGGGAAGGCACGCCCCCGCUAGGGGAAGCCACGCCCCCUAUGGGGAAAGCCACGCCCCCUAUGGGGAAAGCCACGCACCCUCAGAAGCCACGCCCCCUCCGAUAAGUCACGCCCCCUCUGAUAGGCCACGCCCCACGGAAGCCACGCCCCCACUAGGUGAAAGCCACGCCCCUUAG